UUAGUGUAACACCGCUAGAGGGCGCUGGCGGACAGGGCGCAGAAACCUCACUGUACAGGAAGAGAAGAAACUGAAGCCGUUCCACAUCAGCACAUCCGCCUCUCAUCGGCACAACGAAAACAUCGCAGACAUCCGCAGUGUGUAGAAAUGGAGGCGAAGGCGGGUGACCCUUUCAGCAGUGAGGUGGAGGAGCUUCCUGCAGCACGAAUGAUCAGCCGACUCUUUCCUAAAGGCUUUUCUGGGAAUGUGGCGAAGGACUGGCUGGACCGUCGACGGAAAUCUAUCAGGCCCUGGGCCAGCUUUGUGGAUCAGCGCAAGUUUUCCAAACCAAAGAACUUCGGCGAUCUGUGCCAGCGUGUUGUGCGGAACCUGGACACAUUCCACAGCAACUACACCUUCAUCUUCCUGGGGCUCAUCCUCUACUGCAUUAUCAGCUCCCCCAUGCUGCUGAUCGCUUUGGCUGUUUUUGCUGGGGCCUUUUACAUCAUUCACCUGAAGUCACUGGAGUCCAAGCUGGUUGUUUUUGGGCGGGAGUUGACUCACGGUCACCAGUUGGGACUGGCUGGAGCAGUGUCUUUACCUGUGUUCUGGCUUGCAGGUGCUGGAGCAGCUGUUUUCUGGGUACUGGGAGCUACGCUGGCUGUGAUUGGCUCCCAUGCUGCCUUCCGUGAACUGGAGCAAUCAGACAUGGAGGAGCUCCUGAUGGAGCCUGUCUAACUCAUCAGCUCUUUGAAUAUUGAGCUCUUUAUUUAUCCCAACGUCUUGCUGCACAUUGUUACUGCUUUCUAAUUGGUUGUGACAAAUGAACUAAAUAUUUAAUCAAUCACUGAUCUAUAGAUAGACUGUUAUUCAGGAAUCGGUGCAUUUUUGUUUCAGUUACGGAUCUGAUUCUUUAGCUUCGGAGAAAUGAUGUCCAGCAAAUAGAUGAAACACGUGUUUUUAAAUGCGGACUGACGUUGACUCGCUGACAGAUUAAGCACAGUAGAACACACACACCUUUCUGGGUAUGCAGCAGAUACUCAGCUCCAUCUGUUACAUAUGGCAGGACUGCAUGUGAAUCAUGCAUUAAAAAUAAACAAAUAGAAAUCAUGGCACAAAUCGAAGUUGUAACAUAUCACAGGGAAAAAAACAAGGCCAUGUGUUUUUGUUUUUUUUUUUGAAUGGUACUUCCUUAAGCUCUACUUUAUGAAGAAAGGAAUAGAAUAUUAUUCAGGAGUGUUUUACAGUUUUUGAGGGUUUUUGUGAAAAUAUGCCAAAAAAAAAAAAAAAAAAGUAAACCAGUUUUUGUGUAUGGGAAAAAAGCUUUCCAGGAUGCCUGUCAACAUUAUCAUCAUGGUGUUGUUUAUUGAUGUUGAAAAUAGAGUGUGUAUGAUAUGCAGUAUCACAGAGCUUCAUCAAAUUCAUGUUGCCCAAGUGCUUUUAUUCCAGUUCUUUGCAGUCUUUCAAUUGCCAUUUUUUUAUCACACAAUAUUUUAAAGUAUCUUUUUUUAUUUCUUUUCAGAACUUGUCUUUUAUCUUGGUGUUGUAUUUUGAUCAAAAGGAAAGUGCAAUAAAGUCCUCUGCCUGUAAAA